CACACACUUGAAAGCUACUCUUUUUAUAUUUGUAUAUUUUUAUUUUUAUUUCUAUUUUGUAUUUUUAUCUUUGUUUUAAUCUUUUUCAAACUUAAUAAUUGAUUGAAUUCUACAAAAAAAAAAAAAAAAAAAUGGAUGAUGAGUAUGAAAGUGUUUUAUUAAUUAUUCGUGAAUGUUUUGUGUAUAGGAUUCCACCUAGAACAGCAGCAAGAGGUUAUAGAGCUGCAGAAUGGGGAGAUCUCGCAACUUCCUUUUUAUGGAAAGGUCGUUUAAGGAUAAUUAGGAAAGGAAAGAAAUGUGAAAUUCGGUUAGAAGAUAGUAAUACUGGUGAAUUGUUUGCCAUGUGUCCUUAUGAUAUUCAAUCAAAUUCUGUUGAAGCUGUAUUAGACUCAAGUCGUUAUUUUGUACUCAAGAUUGAAAAUGAAGGUCGACAUGCAUUUAUCGGUAUGGGUUUUCAGGAACGUUCUGACGCCUUUGAUUUCAAUGUCACAUUGCAAGAUUUUGUCAAACAAUUACGUGCUGAAAAAGAAGCAAAUGAACGUACUGCACAAGCAAGUACAACACCUAAAAUGGACUAUAGUUUAAAGGAAGGACAAACUAUUAAUAUUACAAUUGGCAAUGUUGGUGCUAAAAGAACAAGACCAAAGCCUACGAAUAAUACAACAAAUAGUCAUGGUAUUUUACCAUUAAUACCCCCUCCUCCUUCUGCUUCUCAAAUAAAACAACGACAGCAACAACAACAACAACAACAGCAAUCAUUCUUUUUUUAAAUUAGUAACAUACUCUCCAAUCUUAAUUGCUAAAAGCGGUAGUGAAGGAUGC